GAAAACAAAAUAUGUGUAAAUUUAUAAUAUGUUGUGUCAGAGCAAUGACGUUUUGUUCUAAAUCUGCAAUAAUCGUUAGCUAGUGAGUUUCAAAGUGUACGAUGGGCUUCAAAUUGAAAGCUCUAGUUGUAGUCUCAUCGGGACUCGUUUUGGGUGUGUGUACGUAUGCUGCAUACCGAACUUGGAAGAAGCGACAGAACAGUGCCGAUGACGAAGGUUUUGAAGACGUUUCGAAGUUAGAAGAAUCGUUGGAAAAGAAAGUAUUGGUAUUGGGUUUGGAAGGAUCUGGUAAGUCAACAUUAGUCUCACAAAUUGUUAAGGAAGUCGGACAAAAAAGUAUCGCAUCAAAUACUUUGUACAAACCAACCGAAGGAUUUAAUGUUACGUCUUUAUCCGAUGGAGGUUCUCCUACAGUUAAUAUAUGGGAAAUUGGUGGCAAAGAAAGUGUACGAAGAUAUUGGCCAAAGUUUUUCCAGGAUACAGAUAUCUUAGUGUUUGUUGUUGAUGCCAGCAAUAAUUCAAAUCAAUCAGUUGUUGUGAGCGAGAUCAAAUCAUUACUUGGCGAUGCCCGUUUGGCUUCUGUUCCCAUUUUAGUCCUCGCCAAUAAACAAGAUAUGGUUGGUGCACUUAACGCAGAACAGAUCUCAAAUGUCCUUGAUUUGAAAAGCAUUCCAUCUAGAUCACAUCAAGUAAAAGUGUUAGAAACACAAACAAGACCAGAAACAAAUGAAAUUCAUCAAACAGUAUUAGAAGUCCGGAAAGUGCUCUUAAAAUUAAGUUCCCAUAUGUAACAUGAAAGUAUUUUUUUGGUUCAAUUAAAACAGUUGUAUGCAUAUAUAUAUAUUAUAUUAUAUACAGACAUACAAACUAAUAUUAUUUAAGAUAACUCAAUAUCUCAAUUUAAAUCUAUUAUUUUAUAGUAUUUUCAUAUUUAAAUACUUAAAGUUCUAUAUUUAUUUUUAAAAUUAUUAUUACAUUUAUUGGAUAACCGGAUUAUUUAAUCGCAAAUGAGGAUUAUAUUUUUUGUUUUAAAACUUAAAUAUAGGAUUAUUUUCAAAAAAAUAUUUGUGAUUAUGAAAUCAAUAUCUAAUAUUAUUAGACAGAAAUUUGCAGUAAUUAUAAACAAAGCUUUAAAUAAUAUCAAGGAGAAUACAAUGAUUUUCUUUAUGGUUAAACAUAAUAGCUGUUCAUUAGAUCUGGGGAUUAAAUCUGUAACUUAAAUGUAUCUCGUAAUUUAAUUAAUGUCAAUUAGAAAGUUUAAUUUUGAAAUAGGAAAAAUAUAGAACUUAAAGCAUUUAAAAAUAAUAUAUAUAAAAACAAUUUUUAUUUACUGAAAUAAUUGGUGUCAUGUUAAAAAUCAACUUGUGUAUACUUUUUUUUAACAAAUAAUUUUAAAGAUUCCAAAUGACUUGUUUUGUUUUUUUUUUUUAUUAAGAUUAUAAAUAACUAAAGAUUAAAUUAUAAAUCAGCUAUUGGCUGUGGCAUUAAAUGCUCGUAAGCCUUUAUGCUUUUGAAUGUUAAAA